UGAACAUUCGAUAGUCAUCUAUUUUGACGAUUGGAUCUUCAAAGAUUCCAACGAAUCAAACCCUCUCUAUAUUUCCCAAAUCCUAUUCCUCCUCAAAUUCAAUUCUCUCUCCUUAUAAUCUCAACGCAUCUGUGAUCUGUCCACCCUAUUCUCCACACUCCGAUCAACCGAUUUUGGGCGCGCGUGACUGAUAUGAGCAUCCACAAUUGCCGCGGUCCAAUGUGCCUCAAAACCAUCCAACCGUCUCACGCCGCCGAUAUGCCGCCGGGGAAAUCCACCGCCGCCGACGCCAAGGCUGAAGAACACCUAUUCGUGCCGCCGCUCAACUUUUCUAUGGUGGAUUACGGAAUAUACCGCUCCGGAUUUCCCGACUCUGCUAACUUUCCGUUCCUCAAAACCCUAGGCCUCCGAUCGAUCAUAUACUUGUGUCCGGAGCCUUAUCCUGAAGAUAAUAUGCAGUUUCUCAAUGCGAACGGAAUUCGUCUUUUUCAGUUCGGCCUUGAAGGAUCUAAGGAGCUAUUCAUAAACAUUCCAGAGGAUUUAAUUCUUUCUGCACUGAGAGUGCUAUUAGAUGAAAGAAACUAUCCGCUCCUAAUUCACUGCAAGCGAGGAAAGCACCGGACUGGUUGCCUCGUGGGAUGUCUUAGGAAGUGCCAAAAUUGGUGCCUGGCUUCAAUUUUUGACGAGUAUCAGAGGUUUGCUGCAGAUAAGGCUAGAGUUACAGAUCAGAGAUUCAUUGAGUUGUUCGACAUUUCCAGAAUAAAGAAGUUGGCGACCUCGCCUCCAUACAUAUAACGUUACUCAAGGCCGUGAUUCAUCCUGAUGCGAGAGAUCAAUGCACUUUAUUUAAUACAUUCCACUCUUCUGGGAUAGUCCAUUUUAGAGGAGAGAUAUACUACUUUUCGUAUUUUUUUCUUUUCCAUUUUCCGGGAGUUAUAGGCUAUAUAGCUCAUUACUAUCGAAAUGAAUCCAUUGAUCCCGUUUGUCAUUGUUGGCCACAUUUUUUCAGCUGUGCUGCAAUGAAUAAGAAUGUUCUGUUAUUAAUCCAAA